GGUUCCGCCUUGGCCCUCCGGAUCCUCGGUGUCGCCCAGGACCAUCGGCUUUCCGUCUCCGCCUCGGGCUCUACCACCACCUGCUCCGCCUCCGUCGGUCGGCCCCCGGGAGUCGUCAGCCUUUCCUCCACCAUGGCUCCUCCCUCCAUCGGCUCCACCGUGGGGUUCCAUCAUGGCUGCGGUCUGGGUCUCACCUGGCUCCUCCUGCUCCAGCCCCCUCCUGUCACCUCCUUGGCUCCUCCCUCCAUCAUCACCUCCAUGGAAUAUCCCGUCAUCACCCUGGACUCCAUCUUUUGCCCUCCUCCCGGGAGUCCGUCCUCCACCGAAGCCCCCUCCUAAGACUUUGUACAUCUUGUUGUCCCUGUUUGUCGGCGCGAGGACGCGCCUUCCGGGAGGGGGAGGUAAUGUCACACCCCUGGACGUUUUAGUUGGUUUCUCCCAUCAUUUCCCCCUGCAGAUCUGUGUGUUUUGGUCUCUCCCUUAUUGUCUGCACCUGGUGUGUUAAUCAGUCUGUCUAUUUAAUGUGUGUGAUUACCCUCCUCAUGUGUCAGACCUUAAUGUUACCACCCUGUGUUCCUGUGUUUCCCGAGUUCCUUGUGGAUUUUAUUAAACUGUUCGUUUCACUACGUCGUUGUUCGUCUGUUCCUGCCUGAUACGUGACACGACAAUUUACUCAAACCCUACUGGAUCUUCAAGUAAGACCGAGGCAAAGGCCCACAUCUCAUGAAACGGCUACCCCCAGAAUGGAUACACAACAUGACACCACUGGAGAUCGAGAUCAACGUCAACAACACUCGUGAACCCGUGGACACAUGUUUAGGCGGUCACAUAACGAACAGCCAUCUGUCAGACAGAGAAUUCAGGAACCUUCUUCCAGGCCAUGUGCCAGAACCGAAUGAGUAUUGUCUCCAGUCCCAAAUUCUUCAUUGCCAUCCCAGUCCCAGAGGACGCCCCAGUGUAUCUGCAUUGCGGAGAGAGCACAGAAGUGAGGGUGGCACCAGACCCUCACGGAGCGCUUACCCUAUGUCAACUGCAAGAUUCCAAAGGAAGGUCUUUUCCAUGCUGUUUGUUUUGAAAGAUGAACUUGAGCGAAAAUCUGCCAUUUUGGACCCUGGCAAGUCUACAUCAUCUUUUAAAAGACUGGAUUCAGAGAGUGACCUAAAAUCUUUUGAAGAAUACAUCAAAGAUGAUGAAAAGAAGUGGAUCUGUGUUCAGCAACUGUCCAGAGUUGGUGGAUCUUCUGUCAGGGACUGUGUUAAAAAAAAAAUCAUGAACGGAGUCAUGUCAAAUGCCUUAAUGGCCAAAUUCAAUAUGAGGGGUGGUGGCCAACUUGACAAAAAGCCUUUCAAAGCUACAGCUUUGUACUAUGUAAUUCAAGAUAUGCUCUAAAGAGGUGGAGUCCAACUGCCACAGACUCCGAAAUUGACACAGCAAUGGCGGAACACCUAAAACGCGCUCCAUGAAGAGCUGGGGGUGGUGGCUAUAAGAAAUUAACCGAUAGAAAUG